AUGAUUGUCCACGACAUAGGUGUUCCGCAUUGUGACUGCAGAUUUUGCGUUUCGCGUCCACCUUUGUCGUGCGGGGGAGUAUUGGAGAUAUCUUGGGAUAUUGGCGCGGCUCAAUCACCAUCUCACAUCGCCGAAGCUUUUCUCACUCAUCCACGACACAUCAUUACAUCAAAAUCCAUCACCCUCCUUCCCCUCGUCAUUCUCACUCUCACCACCACCACCACUCCCACUCCUCCUCCACUCCCUCCUCCGCCGGAACAUGUCAAAUUCGGUUAUUUCUCCAACUUCCGAUGUGGGACUUUCAUCAUUAACACCCCCCCUCACGCUCAGAGGUCAUCAUCUGAAGCGUGGGCAAUUGUGGGAACAACAUCCACGGGGUGGCCCAACAUCGGGUGGCUGAUCAUUAACACCCUACCUCACGCUCAGAGAUCAUCAUCUGAAACAUGGGUAAUUGUGGGAACAACAUCCACGGGUGGCCCAGAAUCGACUGCUCUGAUACCAUGUCAAAUUCGGAGGUCAUCAUCUGAAGCGUGGGCAAUUGUGGGAACAACAUCCACGGGGUGGCCCAACAUCGGGUGGCUGAUCAUUAACACAACACAAACUCCCACAGCUGGAGCUCGCCAUAAGAUUGGAGUCGCCAUCGAUCUCUCCGAGGAGAGAGCUUUCGCCGUCCGCUGGGCCGAAGAGGACGGAGCUCUCAGCGAAGAAGAUCCAAAAACCCUAAUCAUGGUAAUCACUUACACCCACCAUCUCUCUCCUCCACCACUCCUUGGAGUUUCUUAG